GUGAAAAUCGUUUAAAGUAGAAAGAAAUAUAGAACAGAAGUGUCGCUAUUUUUAUGAACUCACUGGCAAAGUAGACUAGAAGAUUUGAACUUGACUGAUCUUAUGACGGCUUGAAAUAUUGCAGUUCUUCGGAGUUAAACAAAAUGGACACUGGAAAUGAUCUCUUACUGGUCAUCUCAUAAAAUGUAUGACAAAAUGGAAAUGAAGUAUAAUAUAGUUUAAAUUGUAUGAUUCAUUAUGUUUGAUAAAAUGGACGAUUGGACAUGACUUGGUACAAUCUGAUAGCAUCCCAUGUUUGAUCAAAAUGAAAACUAAGUUUUUAAAUUCUGUUAAAGAUCUGAAAUCAACAUUUAACAAAAUGGAUGCUAAAGGUAUCAAAGAUGAUCUCUGUUUAUAAGUAAAUUAGAAAGGCGUGUGUUUAUAUCAAAAUUGACAUGGAAAUUGAAAAUGGUAUGAUCUGUUAUCAGCUAAAAAGUGCCAGAAUCGAUCAGAUGCUCUAGGUUUGCUCUUUAUAGGUUUAAAGAUCAUCUCGGAUCAUAUCUUGGUAUCUCUUAAAUUACGAUGGCAUUAAGAUGCAAUAGAUGUCGUAUAGGAAGUGGUUAAUCUCCUUGACAUAUGAUCAGAUCAUCUUGAUGAAGUGUUAAUGAGCAUCAUGCAUAUCAAUCAACAAGCAGGGGAGUCUUUCACGAAACCAAUCGUCAGUGACUUUCACCAACAAGUUUGCUCUGAGCCAAUCAGAUGGGAGGAUUUGGGUAGCUUAUAACAACAGUCAGUGAAAAUCUCUCACUAUCUGUUUCGUGAAAAGCCUCCCAGAUCUGGAUUGGUCCUCAAGGAGAUCGGAGGCCUUGAUGUUUUUCAGUUUCCUUUUGAAAUAGUAAUCUUAUGUUUAUUAAAAUUGACUAAAUCUUGCAGCAUUACAUCACUCAGGUCACUGUGCCCCUUACCUCAUAUUUUUUAGUGACCUCUGCCUCGUGUCUUCAUUAGUUACAUACCACUUUUCUUCUGCUGGUGACAUAUACUUCCCUUUUUGAACAAUUACAUGUAUUAACUUACUCCCACUAACCCUCUGGGUACAUUGCCAAUUCGUCUAUUGCCAACUCGUCCACUCAUCACAUGGUCUACCGUUAUUUAAUCUAAUGCCAUUCCGUCCAUCAACAUUCCGUCUAACAACCAUUUGGUCCAAUCAUCACUUCAUCUAAUUACCAGUUCGUCUCUGACCAAUUCGUGUCAAAACCAGUUGUUCUAAUUUUAUUUUAUUUUCAUUAAUUCGCCCAAUGAACACUCAGUCCAAUUAGACUUUGUUUUUUUCUAUCUCAAUGAAACAACAAGUGUCAUAACCGUACAAAGUUAUUUUAAGCGACAUACUGCACUUGUUUUGAAUGUUCAUGUACUAAUGUUCAUGUACUUGCAUCAAAUAGAUUUGCAGUUACAUACAUGUAAUUUUGAACAGAGUAACACCAUGUUUAUGAAGACUUAAUCCUCUUUUCUACCUAAUUUUAUCCAUCUGCAUGUAGGAUCGUGAACAUGAACUGGCAUUGCAAAGACACACGGAACAACAGCAGAGGAUACUGAAAGAGAAAGAGGCAGAGAUGAUGAUGGCCAUCGAGGAGAGAGAACUUCAGAAAAUGGCCGCCGUCAGUGCACAGGAUAACCAGAAGGACGAGCUUCAGAGAAUUAUUGAUUCCAUGAAAUCUGAGAAGUUGGAGCAGGACUCGGCCCUGGAGCGGCUACAGGAGAAGUACAAGGUAGACACCAAGGGGCUCAGAGACAAGAUUGAAGACAUCGCAUCCAGGAGCAAGGCGGCCAUCGCCAAACUCAGGGCGCAACAGAGCGAGGGUACACAAGAACUCAACCAGAGACACGAGGAAGAGAUGGCCAAUAAGAUUCAAGAGCUUACGCAGGAGCAUCGGAACUACGUAGAGGAACUUAGACAACGGCACCAGGAAGCUUUAGAAGCUGCCAAUGUGGAAUCAGAAAAACUCUACAAGCAACAGAUGAAUGACUUGAAGCAGAAUCACGAGAAGGUCAUCCAGGAGAAGGUUGAUCAACUCCAGAGCCUGGUUGGAAAAGCUCAGGCAAUGAAGCAUAAGAUCCAGGAUCUGAAUGCACAGAAGCAUGAGAUGGAAGCUAAGAUAGGAGAACUUGGAACGAAGAUUGCUCAAGAAUCCGAUGGUCAUACCAAGCAACUAGAAGAAAAGGACAGAUCUUUGGAUAAGCUUGCCCAAGACCUGGCUGUAGUCAACCAAAAGAACGAGAGCUUAGAAGCAGAACUUGCUGCAAGGGGAAAGGAAAUUGAGUCUGGUAGAGCGGAACUAUCUGAAAAGUUGGAAUUGGAGCACAAAGCUAAGGAGGAAAGAGAUGUUGAGAUUGAGAAACUGCGACAAGAGGUGGAGGAAAUCAAGCAGAAAUCUGAUUCCUUGACGCGGGAGAUUGAAUCAAAGAAUGCGGAACAUGAGAAUAAGAUCAGGGAGUAUGAACAGAAGCUUACAUUCCAGGAGGAGAACCAUGAGAAGGAGCUGAGUAGGAGGUUGGAAGCCCUGGAGGUCCAAAAGAACAGUUCUGUUAAUGAAGUUUCUGCAGAACUUGGAAAGAAAUUGGAGGAGGCCAAUGAGUCGCUUGGGGCAAAGGAGAAGGUUAUUCAGGAUCUGCAGCUCCGGGAGAAGGAGCUUCAAACAGCUAUGGACUCGCUGAAGAAUAAACUGGAAGGAGACCUCAACUCUGCCAAUGAAAUGAUCCAACAAGAGCGACAGAGGCAUCAGGAAUUGGUUGGACAGCUUAGGAACAAUGCACAGGAGCUUGCAGAUAAUAAUAAGAAGUGCAGUGAGGAAAUCAAGGAGUUGGAGAAAACAGGAGCGGAGAAGGAUGCUGCCCUUGAGAAGUUGAAAGAAUCUAUAGGGUCAUUGACUCAGAAUGCAGAAGACAUUCAGAGACAGCUUGCAGAUAAUGUUGCAAAGGUACAAGAAGAGGUGAAAAAGGGAGAAGAAGCAGUAGUUAAGCUUCAAGGAGAGCUUGAUGGAUCAAGGGCAAUGCUUGAAGCUAAGGAAAAGGAGGCAAUUGAGACAAAAUCUACCUUUGAAAUUGCUUUGAAGGAGAAAGAUGAUGAAUUGAAUGCUUCAAAGGCAAAGACGGAUGAUAUCAAUGUGGAACUUGAAAACACAAGAAAAUCACUAGCCGAUGUAGAACUUAACUUUGCCAAAACAUCAGAGUCUAAUAUGAAUCUUGAAAAUAGAGUAAGAACUCUUGAGGAAUCCAUUGCCAGAAAGAAAGAAGAUCACCAGGAGGCGAUUGCCAAGAAGGAAAGUGAUUUUGAGGAAAGGUUGCAAACAGAGAGGGAGAACCAUGAGAAAGACGUGGCCAGGAGAGUAGAGGCUUGGGAAGCCCAAACUCAAAGCUCCGUUGGUGAAGUGGCGCAGGAGUUAGGAAGGAAACUUCAGGAGGCAAAUGAUACAAUAAGCCACCUUGAAAAUGACAUUGCGGAUUUGAAAGAAAAGGAACAGUCACUAGCAUCAUCACUUGAAGAAAAUCAAAGCAAGCAUGCAAAACUUGUGUCAGAUAUGGAAAAUAAGGAAGCUGACCUAAAGGUCAAGGUUGAACAGCUUCAGAAGCAGCAUGAAGACUCUGUGUCCCUACUGGAAAGCAAAGAAAAGGAAAUCAGCAGUAACAUUGCAGCAAUAAAAGAAAAGGAAGCUGAGUUGCAGGAGCGCAAGCUUCGGGAGAAUGAACUGCUUGCCCUGAUUGACAAUGCCAAGACUGAAGGACAGAGCCAGGUCGAGGUUGUUAGCAAGGAAGUUGAAAACUUGCAAAGACAGGUCUCUGAAAAGGAUAACCUGUUGCUUGAGAAAUCCCAAUGCCUGGAAACGGAGGUCAGUGCUAAGAAUAAGGAGAUUCUCUCGCUUCAUGAACAGAUGAAUGCCUUAACAGAAGAAAAGGCCGGAUUGGAACAAAAGGUAAUGGGAUUCUCAAAGAUGGAUGAAGAGAAAGCCCUUGAGGUUGAGAGUCUUCAGGCAACAGGACUUAGGAAGGAUGAGGAAAUAGGAACCCUCAAAGAUGCUUUACAGGACAGGAUUAGACAUGAUGAGAAAGUUGCCACCCAAGUGCAGGAGUUGAAUCAGCAAAACACCAUGCAAAAUGAUGUCUUGGAGUCAUUGCGCAAAGAACUCAGAGAAGCAGUGGAACAGAAGGACUCAGAGCUCCAAAAACUUACUGAGGACUUCAUGCAAAAAGAGCAGACUCUGAAAGAAAGCCAUGAAACACACGUUGUAGAGUUACAAGAACAGAAAGAAUUGGAGCUCAAAAAACUUACUGAGGAUUUCGCACAAAAAGAGCAGUCUCUGAAAGAAGGUCAUGAAACACACAUUGUAGAUUUACAAGAACAGAAAGACUCUGAGCUCAAAAAGCUUGCUGAUGAAUUCACACAAAAAGAGCAGUCUUUGAAAGACAGCCACAAAACACAUAUUGUGGAGUUUCAAGAGAAAGUGAAGACUAAGCUUGCCACCUUGCGCAAAGAACAGGCUGAAACUACCCAGGCCAAAAACGAGGAGAUUGAAAGAAUUAAAGGUGAAAUGGAGAGUGUCAGAUCAAGCAAUAUGGAAGAGAACGAAGAACUAAAAAGGAAAGCUGAACAGCAGUUGACAGAAGUUGAAGAAAAGCUUCAGGAGAAUUCAGACAAGAGCCAGAGGAGAGAGGCUGAACUUCAAGAGCAGCUUGGUGCCCAACAGACCCAACAUCAGGAGGAGGUUGAGCAUUUGAAGAGAGAUCAUGAAGCCAUGCUCCAGGAGAAGGAGACUUCGUUUCAGGAGCAGCUGUCGGGUCUCCUAAAGGAGAAGCAUAUUGGACUCGAAGAGGUUACCACACAAAUGCAAGCAACUCAUCAGGAACAGCUAGACAGGAUGAACAAUGAGAUUGAUGAGAAACAGAAGGAACUUGAACAAGUGAGGGAGGAAAGUGCAGCAAAAGAAGAAAAGCUGAAAGAACAGUCAGUUCAGAGGUUAAAGGAUCUCAAGGAACAAGCCAAAGCUAAGAUUUCCAAAGUAAUUGCAACUCACAAAGAGGAGGUAGAAUCUGUCAGGGAAGACCUAGAAAAACAAUUAGCUGCUGCUACCACAGAAUUGAGCUCUUUGCAAGAACAGAGGAAAGAUGAAGCUGAAAAACACAAUUUAGAGAGGACUGAACAAUCAGAUAAUACUGAAAAAUUAGAAAAACAAACUGCGGAAUUGCAAGAACAACUCUCUACCCUACAAGAAGAGUUAAAAUGUGCAACAAAUGCGCACUUAGAAGAAUCUAAAAAAUUGAGAGAGGAACAUGAAAGGCAAAUUAAAGAUAUGGAAGAGUCAGUUGCCAAACAAGUCCAAAUUGUGUCUGAAAAUGACAAGCACCAUGAGCAGAUCAUCCAUAAUCUUGAGAGUCAGCAUUCAGCAGAGAUGACUGCGAAGGACAAAGAACAGAAGAGCAAUCUCGAGCAGCUAGAGCAUCAACACUUUGAGAUGAUAGAAUCUAUGCAGAAGCAAUUCGAAGAGACAAUCCAGUCUGUGAAGACAGAAAAUGCUUCCCUCAAGGAACAGCUUGUUCUGUCUGAAGAAUACAAGUCGAAGGCCAAUGACCUGGUAGACAAUAACCUUGAUCUGCAAGUCAAGCUGAAGGCAUCUGAAGACCAAAUCCAGCUGAUGGAGCGUGAGAUGCAGGACUCUGCAACAUCCUCGAAGAAGCGGUUGAACGACCUGGAGGAGGAGAAGCGGGAAGUGGAGCGGUUACUGCAGCUCCGAGAGGAAGCAAUCACCCAGGGUGACAACAGGGUACAGGAGCUGGAGGACGAGAUCAGCACUCUCCAGACGACCGCUCAGUCCGACUCCAAGACCAAGCUGGCUGAACUGAAGAAGAAGGCAGAGGCCAAGUUGGUCCAGAUCAAAAACCAGUUCUCUCAGGAUCUGGCCAACCGGCAGAAGGAGAUGGAGGAGGCCAUGGACAUGAAGGAAGCAGACUUUUCUGAAGCUCUGAGAAGGAAGGAAAGCGAGGUGGAGGAGAUGAUGGCAAGGGCAGCCAGCUUGGACAGACAGAUGGUUGCCAUGGAAAUGACCAAUGAACAGACCGUUUCUAGUCUAAUGAAGGAGAUCGGCGAUCUCAGAGCUCAGAUGCACGAGGAAAGGGCUUCAGCUGACAUAAUGGUUGUAGAAGCCAGAGACCAGGUGCAGAUGGAGGUCACCCAGCAGGUGGAAUCCCAGAUCACGGCAGUCAGGGAGUCGCUGCAAGGGGCGGAGGUCCAGCAUAAGGAAGAGAUCGAGAGGAGGGGUAGAGAGAUGGAGGAGCUCAGGAAUAACUGCAAGGAGCUUGAGAUGAGGCUAGAAACAAUGAGUGAGGACCACAAAGCCGAAGUGAAAGAACUGACCCUGACACACGAGCGCAACCUGAGCACCCUGAAGAAGGAACAGGAGGAGUUCAUCACCAAGAAAGAAGAUGAACUUAACUCUAACCUCAAGAAGAUUCUUAGAGAGAUGAAUAUCAAGAUGGCGGAGAAGGAGAAAGACAUGGAGACGAUGAUGAAAGCGACAGUUGAUAAAGGCCAGUCAGUUGAAGAGAGGAUGGAGAAAGAACACAGACAGAUCACCAAUGAGCUGCAGGUCCAGCUGGAUGAACAGUCAGGAGAACUUGAGACAAUCAGUGAGAAAUAUGAAGAACAACUUAAUGCAAAGAAGGAGGAGAAGGAAAAGAUGCGAGCCGAGUACGACGAGCGGAUAUCGUCCAUGAACAUCGACCACCAGGCCGAGAUCAACGAGAUCGAGUUCCGUCUAGAACAUCAGGAAAGCCAGCAUCAGAACGAGCUAUCAGACCUUGAAGCAAGACUUAGGAAUGAGAUGGAGGAUGUAAAGGCUAAACAUCAAGAAGAGAUUGCCAUCAUGCAGCAGGGAAGUUUUCCUACUAGUCUUCAUUAUCUAGACCCUGUUUCUAUGUCACAGAGUGAUGGUGAAGGUUUAUCAAGUCAUGACUUAGAACUUCAAAACGUCACCUUACAGGCUGAACUACAGCAGUUGAGAGGAUUAUUAGCUGAAGUCAAACUCAAGGAAAAGAGAUUAGAAGCAGAGCUUAUAUCAUUACGAGGAGGAGGUGGAGGGGCUAAUAACAUGGUCAAGGCUGGUCCUGUCCUUGCUGAGCCAACUGAAAUUGAGUACCUGAAGAAAGUUCUCUAUGAGUAUAUGAUGGGCAGAGAAACUAAGACAAUGGCUAAAGUAAUAGCUGCAGUGGUCAAGUUUUCAAGAGAACAGACAGAGAAUAUCAUAGCAAAGGAAGAGCAAAAACAAGGGCUGGUCCCUGAACAUGUAUGUACUACUGUGAGCCAAAGACUCUCCCGCAACUAUGAUUUGGGCGGCUGGCUACCCAUUGACGGCCCCAUCCAUGGUCAAGAGGAAGGGCUCCUUGACCUACAGCUACCAGAUGCAGCAGCAUGCAGAGGGGGCGUGGCAGGAGCCUUACCUCCGGGGGGAGGAGCCGGGGCCACCGGAGGAGGCAUGGUCAGCGAAGGUGCGGUGGUGCUGAGACGGAAACGGUCGUCGCGGCGCAAGGGCGGCGUCUGGCGGGGCAGCGCGGUGCUGAGCACCGACAUCACCUCGUACUACAGCUGCCGGGAGCACAUCAUGCUGAUCGAAGAGAUGCGCAGGUACUCCCAGGUCAGCGAUUCCGGUAACGUCGAGGAAGAAGCAUUUCGGCUCCACUCCAAUGACUUCAUGUGAAUGUAGCCUUCGAUAUGAUCUGCCAUCGUCGAACACACUUCGGCCAGAAUUCACAAAGGAAGUUUAGCGGUCAAGACCAUAUGUCCAACCCUCUAUGUACAUGGGAUGCAUGUAUAUGGAACCUUCCUGAAUUGACUUAUUAAAAGGCAAUAUGUGCCUCUUUUGUCUCCGAUCCAAGCUCACUUCCAGAGCUGUAAAAACCCUUUGUGAAUUCUGGCCCUUCUGUUCUGCAUGUGUAUGAACAGCAGUAACCACCACACCAUGCCAGCUAGGUAACUGAAUGAUUCCAAAGCAAAUAUAGUCUUUAAUAGCCAUGCUUAGUCAAUGAAAUUAAUAGUCCUGCCAAUUUUCUUGUCAAAUUGAAGGGGGUAUUAAUAAGAUGCAGUUGAACAAAAUUGGUAGUAAAAUUGAAUACAUGUGAGUAAACUUGUAAGUUAUCAUUUUUGCCCAUUAUUGCAACUGCCUCACAUUGUGAGUGACUCGGAUACUCCAAAGAGAGUGGAGGAUUUGGGCAAUUUCAAUGAAAUCUGAUGAACAUUCGGAGAUAUUGUUCUUAAUAUCAUUACCGUAAUGUCAUUCAUUGAGGAAAGAUGAUCCCUGCAGUAAGAAGCUAUGACAAUACACUGUACUAUCUUAUUACAUAUUCUUCUCACCAAAUUGCUGCCAAUUUUCAAUAGUGGUCUCAUUUUCACACAUCCACGCCAUGUCUUUACGUUGUCCGAUUUCUUUAAAGACCCAGAUUGGAGCUGAAAGUGAAAUUGACAAAUGGGAACUUUAUGUACUAUUACAUCAGUUUUAUGCAUAUUCACCGCUUGACAGCCGAGUAUUUUGCGUAAGAAAACUCAAGUUUAACAGGUUUCAACAAUAGGCUUUCUUAUUCCCUUUACCGGCCUCAAGACCAUGUCGGUAAGAAGCACAAGAAAGCUUAUUUUCGAGGCACGAUAUAGGAACUAUUCUUAAGCACAAUACUCUGCUGGUAAGCAGUGAAAAUGCAUAAAGCUUGCAUUUGUGUGUAUUAAAUAUCUUACAAGCUUUUGAUUAGGAUAUGAUUUGUCACAUCACUUUUGUGGCUAGUCUGGGUGUUUAAGUUCGUACCAGUUUUGUCUGGUUCAUUUAGUUUUCACACAAGUAAGUUUUUAUCCAAAGAUGGAUACAUGGGAGAGUGUUUGUAAUAGUGAUCAUAGUGAUCAUCAUCAUCAUCGUCACUAUUGUUGUCAUCAUCAUCAAACAUUCAUUCAUAUGUUGAAAAGUCAGAAUAUAUUCCCCACAAAAAGUGAUAGCACAUACCCUCCCUCAGAAUUUUCCUGCUUUAUACAUCCUGUACAUGUUUAUCCAGAGCACUCCUGCCCCUGACUCCUCUCCUAUGGGAGGGGGGGGCAGGGGGUGUCAUUAUGCAGCUUGUAUCUUAACUUUUUUUCCACGUGUUAAUCUUGCACAACAUACACAUAUUACAUAGUGUGAAUGCAGCUAGUCAUGUUUAUUUUUCUCACAUUCUGAUAUAUACAUGUAAUUCAAAUUCCCUUUUCUUUUUUUUUUAUUAAUAAGAGUGUUUUCAUUUCUAAUGUUCAUAGUAAUAUUUUGCAAUGAUGCAUUGAAAAAAUAUAGAGUUUAUGACCCACACUUCAUUCAUAUUCCAUGUUCACUUUCUUGUAUAUUUUAUUCCAUUAGCACCUAUAAGUCUAAUCUAGUUUAUAAUUUUGCUUGUUAUUCUAAGUUUUAUUCUUUUAAUGAAUCAAUUCAUGGAUACAUGUUCUUAAAAUUGCAUCUUGGGCACUUUUUUUCUUUAUCCAUGUUGUAGAUGUUGUUAUUUUAUAUUUUCAUAUGAAUCUUGGUGAAACAGAAUUUCAAUAAGUUAAAAAAUUAUAUUUUUGUAACAGUUUCCUGUAGUGCCAAAUCCUGGAUAAAUUACUUACCAUGAAUAACAACUUUAUAUAUUGCUCAUUGCAAAAUACAGAUAAUGUAAUGAUAAAACAUUUAACUUCUACCACUAUUGCUCACUUAAAAGUAUUCAUUUAUUAGUUAUGAAAAUGUGCACAUAUUUACAUUUUAUACAGUAUGAUUUAUUGGAUGGUUUGUAGUUAUCAGAUGAAAUUAUAUUAAUAUUUUCUUUUUAAUAUAUUGCGUUUGAAAAAGAGACAUGUCACUUUAUUUAGUGUUGUAUCUUUACUUACAUUAUUUUGUAAAUACAUAGUCACUUCUUAGAAAUAUAUAUAUUGAUAUUUAUGUUAACAAUUUUAUAUCAUUUGCAGAAAUUGUAUUAGUGUUUCGUCAAUCCAAUCUUAUACAUUCCGCAUUCAAGAUGUCUUUUAAAGUGAAGCUAAUCAUUUCAAAAUUGGGAACAUGAUUAAAACAAUUAAAUCUCUGUUCAAAAUUUGAAUUGGCAAAUUUUUCAAUAAAAUCUGUUGAGUUUUGUUCAGAAUUGUUUUUUCUUAUUUGAUAUUUGCAAACUAUGUGGAAUUCGGUAGAAAUAGUUUAUUAUCAUUGCCAAUUUGAUGGGUGAAAAGAGAUUAAUUGAAACCUUAGAACAGUUGUUAUCAUGGGCUACCCAACCUGAACCCUAUAUUUCCUCAUAACAUUUUUAUUUAUGUGUUAUAUGGAACCAAUCUCAUGUAUAUCUAAAAGGAACAAAGUUUAUUUAUCUAAACAUUCUGAGCCCCCCCCCCCCCCCCACAUACACUCAUGCAUGCUUUUACUCCUGUAUGAAAUCUUUGAUACACUAAAAAUUCUAAGCAACUUGAUAGAAUCUUUCUGCUCUGGUAACAACAUCACAGGGCUGUUUUUAUUUAUUUAUUUUUUAUUUUUAAACCUCAAUUUAAUUAUCCAUAUUAUAUGAUUGUGAUGUACAUGGCUGAACUAAUAUCUGGCCAUUUACAAGGAACAAGGAAUUGAAAGUUGAAUUUGCCUUUGUCGCAAUAAACAAACAAGUUAUGACCAUAUGAAAACACCUACAUGUAUACUUUUCCGUACCUUUAUAUUUUUAUCUAACUUUCAAAUAUAAUAAUAUAAUCACUUCUUUGAAAUAUUCUUUCUAAAUAUGCUGUUUUGUUCUAUAUUUGUUUAUUUCAUAUUUGUUUUUGUUUUUUAAAGAAGGUAUAUGUAAAUGUUUAGAAUUUUCAGAUAUUUGAAUAUUCAUAAUGGAAGUUGGUGGUGUACUGUCUUGAAAUAUGAAUGUAUUCCUAAUGUAUUCAGUUUGACUAGCAUAACUUUUGAAUCCUAAGUAGUUAUGUGCCUAUGAAUUAACAGUAAUUCUAUGAAGAAAACAUCUUGAUAUCAGCCGACAUUUUUAGACAAGUAUGUCGAGAAUAAUUUUUUCAUUUGUAUUUUAGAUUGUGUAACUUCCAUUGAAAUUCUUUGGGAAUUUCUGCAUAUGUCAAAGUUAUAUUUUUUACAAUAAUCGGUGCAAUUCUUGUCUGAUAAUCUGGUAAUUGAUAUCUAGGAGAAGAAAUUAGAUUAUUGUUUGGAAAUGUGAAUGAUGGUAUUUUGGAUUAGCAUAUAAUAUUGAAAUUUUACACUGUUGGAUAUAAUAUCUUUAGUGGUAUAUUAUUUCAUUGAAAUGCACAGUACAUGAAGAUUUCAUUACAAAAUGCAUGUAUUCAAGAUGUUAUAGAUAUACAUGCAAGUUCUUAUAUUGUACAUGCAGUCCUCUAUGGGGUCAGUGAAAUUCAUUAGCAAUCAAUUUCUAAAUUGCAAUAUAUAACUAAAGACAUAUCAUAAAUGUUUUCUCAUGAAUGAUAAUUUCUAAAGAGGAAAAGGUCUGAACUCUUUCGUAGCUCUGUCGAGAAAUGUUCGCGUAUGGCUAUGAAGAAUACAAAUGGGCAAUUCCAUGAAAUAUGUACGUUCGACCCCCUAUAAGUGGGACCUUCAUGAAAAUUACUGUCUGUAAUUUCCUGUUCUUUUGACAGUCUGUAAUGUUCUCAAGGGUCCAUGACCUGGUCAGUCUAUGAAGUAAGGUAAGACUUUAGAAAAAUGGGAAGGGGGCGGACGUACAAAAGGUUGAUUAUUUUAUGGAAUUGCCCAAAUGUUUGCUGCUUGAAUGCAAUGUGGUUCCAUGUAUAUGUGUAGGCUUUGUUUUUUACAGUAAGAAAUCAGACUUAAAUACUGGAAGGAAGAAUUCAUUGAUUUAGAUUUGAUUGAUUUCCAUUUUUUACUUAAAGUGGUGUAAUGUCUUGUCAGAUUUUGUUAUUAAUGUUCUUAGUAAAAUCAGAGAAGGGAGACUGAGAGAGAGAGGGGGGAGAAGGAAAGAGAGAGAAGAGAAAAGGGGGAUAUAUAGAUUCAAUUCAAUCCUGACUUGAUCAUAAUUUGUUGAUCAUAUUAUUUGAUUGUUUUACAUCAUCAAUUGAAGUGUUUGUCCCUUUUCCUGAUUUAUAGCCCAUUUCGAAUCAUCUAUAUUUAUUGCUUUUACAUUUAAAUCAAUUCUUUUUAUUUUACUUUGUCUGUGAAAUUCAGAUCUUUAAUUAAGUGGUCAGAAGAGGAAUCAUAAUAAUUUAUUGCAAAGUUUAUGAAAAAACUUUAUUGUUAGUACAUGUGAUGGUGGUAGUGCUGUACCGAUAAAUUGUAAACUUGAAUGAAAUGAAUUCAUUGCCUAUAUGGGCAUGUUUUGUGGGAUGUAUGAGCGGUAAUCUGGUAUUAUGACAAUUAUUGAUUAAAUUGAAAGAAAUAAUACAAACAUUGAA